AGCGCCGGCUGGGGGAGCGAGUCCCGGGCGGUUCGGCUCAACAGACGCUGGUCUGCCGGCGCCGGGGAGCUGCGCUGCAGUUGUCGCCGCGUCCGGGGCUGGGACGAGGCGGCGGCGGCAGCGGCGGACAGGGCAGCAGGCGGUUGCCCCCUCGCAGUGCGGCCGCGGCGGCUGCGCCAGAGUCUUCAGGAAGCGGCGCGGGUCGUGAAUGCUCUGGGGUGCAGCCAGGCCUGCGUGGGCCCGAGGCCGCAGGAACCGGAGCCCCGGCGUCGCGAUUCUUACGGAGAUCUGUUAAUUCUACUUUUCGAGCACUUAUGAAUAACCACGUAUCUUCAAAACCAUCGACCAUGAAGCUAAAACAGACCAUCAACCCCAUUCUUUUAUAUUUCCUACAUUUUAUAAUAUCACUUUAUACUAUUUUAACAUACAUUCCAUAUUAUUUUUUGUCUGAGUCAAGACAAGAAAAAUCAAACCAAAUUAAAGCAAAGCCUGUUCGUUCAGAACCUGAGUCUGCAUACAGGUCUGUUAACUGUUUGGACGGCUUGGCCUCUGUAUUAUACCCUGGAUGUGAUACACUAGAUAAAGUUUUUAUGUAUGCGAAAAACAAAUUUAAGGACAAAAGACUCUUGGGAACACGCGAAGUUUUAAAUGAGGAAGAUGAAGUGCAACCAAAUGGAAAAAUUUUUAAAAAGGUGAUUCUUGGACACUACAAUUGGCUCUCCUAUGAAGAUGUCUUUGUUAGAGCGUUUAAUUUUGGAAACGGCUUACAGAUGUUGGGUCAGAGACCGAAGACCAACAUUGCCAUCUUCUGUGAGACCAGGGCCGAGUGGAUGGUUGCUGCACAGGCGUGCUUUAUGUAUAAUUUUCAGCUUGUUACCUUAUAUGCGACUCUAGGAGGUCCAGCAAUUGUUCAUGGAUUAAAUGAAACAGAGGUGACCAACAUCAUUACUAGUAAAGAACUCUUACAAACAAAGUUGAAGGAUAUCGUUUCUCUAGUCCCCCGCCUGCGGCACAUCAUAACCGUUGAUGGUAAGCCACCAACCUGGUCCGAGUUCCCCAAGGGCGUCAUUGUGCACACCAUGGCCGCCGUGCAGGCCCUGGGGGCGAAGGCCAGCACGGAAAACAAACCUCCUAGCCAACCAGCCCCCUUAGAUAUCGCGGUAAUCAUGUACACGAGUGGAUCCACAGGGUUGCCCAAGGGGGUCAUGAUCUCCCACAGUAACAUCAUUGCUGGUAUAACUGGGAUGGCAGAGAGGAUCCCACGGCUGGGGUAUGUCAUGGGAGAGAAGUACGGGGGAAACCUCAUUUUUAAACCAACAGAGAUCAUGGAUCGGAUCUACAAAAAUGUCAUGAAUAAAGUGAAUGAAAUGAGUAGUUUUCAACGUAAUCUGUUUAUUCUUGCGUAUAAUUACAAAAUGGAACAGAUUUCAAAAGGGCGUAGUACUCCACUGUGUGACAGGUUCAUUUUCCGGAAAGUUCGAAGCUUGCUAGGUGGAAAUAUACGGCUUUUAUUGUGUGGAGGUGCUCCGCUUUCAGCAACCACACAGCGAUUCAUGAAUAUCUGUUUUUGCUGCCCCGUUGGUCAGGGCUAUGGACUCACAGAAUCUGCGGGGGCUGGGACAAUCACAGAAGGUUAUUUUCAUUCUUAUGUCAUUGGAUUUGUUGUGCCAAAUCAAAAGGAACUAACAGAACUAGCUCGAAAGAAAGGACUUAAAGGGACUUGGGAGGAGCUGUGUAACAGUUGUGAAAUGGAAAACGAGGUACUUAAAGUGCUUUCUGAAGCUGCUAUUUCAGCAAGUCUGGAAAAGUUUGAAAUUCCAAUGAAAAUUCGUUUGAGCCCUGAACCUUGGACCCCUGAAACUGGUCUGGUGACAGAUGCCUUCAAGCUGAAACGCAAAGAGCUUAAAACACAUUACCAGGCGGACAUUGAGCGGAUGUACGGAAGAAAAUGAUUCUCUUUCGGCACCAGCUUGCUACAGGGAGCUCAGAUCAAAUAGGAAAAUACUUGAAAUGCAUGUCUCAAACUGUGAGGCAAACUCCAUUCCUCAUAUUAAACCUAAACUGUUCUUUCUCGUGACAUCACCGUUUUUAACUGACAGGAUGAGUAAAAUGUUAAGACAGCAAACUUGUGUCUGUCUCUUCUUUCUUCCCCUUUGUAAUUGGCUCCACCACCUAGGACUGCCCUUGUCAGCAUGAGGACUUUUCUGAAUCAUACUGAGGAACAGAGAUUUUGAAACCUCAAGUUUUUAAACAUGAUUUAUAUGUUCUGUAUAAUGUUCAGUUUGUAACUUUUUAAAGUUUGGAUGUAUAGAGGGAUAAAUAGGAAAUAUAAGAAUUGGUUAUUUGGGGGGCUUUUUUACUUACAGUAUUUAAAAAUGCAAGGGUAUGGAUGUGAAAUUAUGUAAAUUUCAAAUGCUUAUGAAUCAAAUCAUUGUUGAACAAAACCUUUGUUGCUGUGUAAUUAUUGUCUUGUAUGCAUUUGAGAGAAAUAAAUAUACCCAUACUUAUGUUUUAAGGAAUUGAGACUUUGUGAAUAUAUGCUUGACAGCGUCUUCUUUAUAUAUUUAUUUUUAUUAGGAAAAAAAAAAGUUUGGUUGGUGCUGCAUGAAACAAAAUAGCAGGAGAGGGUUUUAUGGCAUAAUAACAAGGAAGAAAACACAGCCAGUGUAGCACCAGUGGAUAAUUAAUCUCUGCUAGCUUCCCAUCAAAGUAUUUAGUCUGGUUAGCUAUUGAAACCAGGAGAAUACCUAAACUUUUAGAAUUGGAAGCAAUUCACUCUAAAAGUUAGACAGGGUAGAACUUAAAAAACAAAGGAUAGAAAGUUACUCUUCAUUUCAUUGACCAUAUGAGUUGUCUAUAUUUAUGACACGUUAAUAAUGGAAAUUUAUUCUAUCCUACUUUAGUCUAGAUGUUUAAUCUAUUUCACUUCAAAAUUAGGAUUCUCUUUUGAUAGUUUGCGCUGGUGUGUGUGUGUGCGCGCGUGUGUGUCAGUGUCUAUUGGUAGCUUAUUAAAAAGCACCUUACCCUUCCUUUCUGCCAUAACCUUUUUACCCUAGAAAAUGAAAUAAUUCAGAAUGCUUCAAAUAAUACUAUUGUUACUAAUUUACAUGAGAGCUUAAUGAGGUGAGUUAAGAUUUAAUUUGUAGGGGUUUAUGUCAGUGUGCAAGUUACUUGUGAUUCUAAAAACACUGCUUGUAAGAUACAUAGUGUCUUUUCUUAUGUAUGGCUUGUCUAUUAUUUGAGCAGUAGUAAUAUUGCACCAAUUAAGAUGUGUUCAAAUCAAAACUUUAAAAAGUCAUAAGUACCAUGUUUCUUAUGUCAGUUGUUCUCUUGAUCUCAUUUACUUUUAGGCAUCAAAAGGCAAAAGAAACAUAGGAAAGAUGUGCACGGAUCUGUCUAGGAUGGAGGGAGUAUUGAGGACCUGGGGCCCCGUACGUAGCUUUUGGUCAUAUCACAAACACAUCAUUCUUGGAGCUACUGCAAUAUGGUGUUUUGUUUUGAACUUGACUUGUAUUCUUGUAUAUUUGUAUUAUGUUUUGAAUGUUUUUUCUCCUUGUCAUAGUUUAUUAUAAAGUUUGGAAAAACUGCCAAGAAGUUAAAAUAAAGGAAUUAAAUGGUA